UUUAACCAAUAAUAUGUCACCUAAACCGACUGACAGUUAAUUCACGUGGUUUUUUCAAUAAAUAAUCUAAUUUAUUUUAAUGUUUCAAUAAGGUUUUGUUCAUAUGUCUUAAAAUGUCUGUCGCUACUGAUUCAGCUGUACUUUCAAUAUUGCAAGAUAUAAAGAAAAAUAAUACUGACACUGAUGUAAAAAGUACCUCUUCAGACCAAACAUCUAAAUCAACUAUAAAAGUUAUCAAUGAUGAUAAAAACGUAAAGGAAUUAAGAGGCCAACCUAAGUCCGGAAGAUUUUGGAAGACGAAAAAAGAAAGAUUUUCUUCUGUGGUCAAAACAAAGGGAAUACGUCCAGACUUUAAGAAGAAAACAGCUUUACGAAUAGAACUUAAACGUACUAAGGAUCUAUCGAAACAAGUUUUAGAAGAAAUUAAAGAAAAAGAGUUGACUAGGAAAGAGCGAAGGCGGGAGAAUAUAAAACGUACAGAAGAAAAUAAAAAGAAGUCUGAAAUUGUACAAGUUAUAACCAAUACGGCUAAACUUAAGAGAAUGAAGAAGAAGCAAUUGAAAUUUACUGAAAAGCGAGAUACUAAUGCUGUUAAUAGUAAACAAUAAAUUUUUUUUU